AUGAGUCGCGGUCAAGGAGAAAUCUCCGCCCGUGUCGAGGCUCCCGUCACCGUCAAGGCCUACCUGCUCUGCGCCUUUGCUGCCUUUGGAGGCAUCCUCUUCGGAUAUGACUCCGGAUACAUCAGUGGUGUCUUGGGCAUGAACUACUUCAAGAAAGAGUUCGGCCACUCCGGCUCCACCGAUGAAGCCGCCUUUGACGGCUACAUGUACGACACAUGGCAAAAGUCUCUGAUCACCUCUAUCCUGUCCUGCGGUACCUUCUUUGGUGCUCUCUUCGCUGGUUCUCUUGCCGACUGGAUUGGUCGCCGUAACACUGUCGUCUCUGGUUGCGGUGUCUUCAUGCUCGGUGUCAUUCUUCAGGUCGCCUCGACUACUAUCGGUCUCCUUGUCGGUGGUCGCCUGAUUGCUGGCAUCGGUGUCGGUUUCGUCUCCGCCGUCAUCAUUCUCUACAUGUCCGAGAUCGCGCCCAAGUCGGUCCGCGGUGCCAUCGUCUCCGGCUACCAGUUCGCCAUCACCAUCGGUCUUUUGCUCGCCUCGUGCGUCGACCAGGCUACCAAGAACCGCAUGGAUUCCGGCUCCUACCGCAUCCCCAUCUCCAUCCAGUUCGCUUGGGCCCUCAUCCUUGGUGGAGGUCUCCUGAUGCUUCCCGAGUCUCCCCGCUACUUCGUCAAGGACGACAAGCUCGAGGAGGCUGCCAAGGCUCUUGCCAGGAUUCGUGGCCAGCCCGUCGACUCUGAGUACAUCCAGUCUGAGCUUGCUGAGCUCGUUGCCAACUUCCGUCACGAGCGUGAGCACAUGCAAUCCGGUUGGAUCGACUGCUUCAGGGGCGGCUGGUCUCCUUCUGGCAACCUCCGCCGUGUCAUUCUGGGCAUCUUCUUGCAAAUGUUCCAGCAACUCACUGGUGUCAACUUCAUCUUCUACUACGGCACUACCUUCUUCCAGCAGGUCGGCCUCAAGAACUCGUUCCUCAUCUCCGUCAUCACCAACGUCGUCAACGUCUGCUCCACUCCCAUCUCCUUCUGGGCCAUCGAGCGCCUCGGCCGUCGUCCUCUCCUCCUCGGUGGUGCCCUUGGAAUGCUUGUUUGCCAGUUCAUCGUUGCCAUCGUCGGUGUCGCCGCCCCCGGCAGCGACGCCCAGGGCAUCUGCCUCAUCGUCUUCGUCUGCAUCUACAUCUUCUUCUUCGCCACCACCUGGGGCCCCGCCGCCUGGGUCGUCAUCGGCGAAGUCUACCCCCUGCCCAUCCGUGCCAAGGGCGUCGCCCUCGCCACCGCCUCCAACUGGCUCUGGAACUUCGUCCUCGGCUACGUCACCCCCUACAUGGUCGACGAGAACGAGGGCAACCUCGGCGUCAAGGUCUUCUUCGUCUGGGGCAGCACCUGCACGCUGUGCGGCAUCUUCGCCUACUUCAUGAUCCCCGAGACCAAGGGCCUGUCGCUCGAGCAGGUCGACCGCAUGCUCGAGGAGACGACCCCGCACAACUCGGCCAAGUGGGUCCCCCACGACACCUUCGCCGACGACGCCGCCCGCAAGGAGAUUGCAAAGGCUACCGGCGCCGCCCACGUCGCUACCUACGAGGUCGAGCCCAAGUCUGCUUAA